AUGGUGCCGGGUGAAGGCAGACUAGCUGCAGACCACCAUGGCUUUAGCAGGCACCCGAGUCAUUGAGCUAGCAGGCCUGGCCCCUUCUCCGUUUGCCGGUAUGGUCCUGGCCGGCGACUUUGGGGCAAAAGUGGUCCGUGUUGACCGCGUCAUGCGCAUCCCGUUUACCACAGACCGUCUUUCCCGUGGCAAGCAGUCCAUCUCCCUCGACUUGAAGAAGGCUGAAGGGGUCCAGGUCUUCAGAAGAAUGUGCAAGAAGGCAGAUGUGCUGAUUGAACCAUACAGACCAGGUGUAAUGGAAAAGAUGGGCCUGGGACCCCAAGUGUUAAUGAAGGACAACCCCGGGUUAAUUUAUGCAAGAAUGACUGGGUUUGGCCAAUCAGGGCCCUACAAGCAAAUGGCCGGACACGACAUCAACUACAUUGGACUCUCAGGGGUUCUGUCAUUCUUUGGUCGUAAAGGUGACAAGCCUGUUCCGCCGGUCAACAUCAUGGGGGACUUUGCCGGGGGUGGAUUGAUCUGUGCUGGUAUCACCAUGGCGCUGCUAGAGAGAACAAGGUCUGGCAAGGGUCAAAUCAUCGAUGCCAACAUGGUUGAAGGUUCAGCCUAUGUCAGCUCUUUCCUCUGGACAACCAGAGGGUUUGGCGCGACUGGUGAGGAGCGGGGAACCGGUCUAAUAGGAGACUGGUGCCCCUUCUACGACACCUAUGAGACAUCAGAUGGCAAGUUCAUGGCAGUUGGAGCUUUGGAGCCACAGUUUUAUAGCGAGCUGUUGAAAGGUCUAGGAUUGGCAGAGACGGACCUCCCUCCACAAGAAGAUCGGGAAGACUGGCCUUCCUCCAAGAAAGUCAUCGGCGAAAUCUUUGCCAGCAAAACCCAGGCGGAGUGGUGCCGUAUAUUCGACGGCACCGACGCCUGCGUGAGUCCAGUGCUGACGGGAGACGAGGCACCAGACCACCCUCACAACAAGUCUCGGAAUGCAUUUUUGCGGUCGGAGGGCAUGGAUGAGGGCAUGGAGCCCGGCCCAGCGCCCCAACUGUCCAGGACACCGGCUGUUGUGCAGAGUACCAGGCAGACGGCGGUAGGCACUGACACCAGGACAGUGCUUCUGGAGGCAGGACUGAGUGAGGAAGAGAUCACCAAUCUGAGGGAGAAGGGGGUGGUCUGGGAUGAGACACACCAGUCCAAACUGUGAGCUUAUGGUGGCUUGGAACAAUUCAAUGUGCAUGGUGAUUGGCAGAUAUUGGGACGCUCUGAUGCACUGUAAUAAUUGGUCUUUUGAUAAUGAGGAAUAUGGGUGCAAGCCUGUAAAUAGGCCAAAAAUCUGUCCGCCGAGCUCAUGAAUAAAAGUUAUACCCUCAAAAUAUUCUAUAUUAGAGACUUUUGAGAGCCAUACAAUUGGGGAAUUGAAGAGAUAUGGUAAUGAAUCUCUGGCCUGGACUUGGGGCUUCCAAUUCUGAGCAUUUUGGAUGCUAUUGGGCUCGAGAGUGGCGCUAUUUUGCCAUGUUGUGGAGGGAUC